AUACACAUGCUUACACACACCCACCCACACACACAAACACACACACACAACCUCAAGUGCACCCAGCGUCAAGCUCGAGUGAUCUCUGUUAAAGACUCAUUAAUGGCAGUCUUGAACCGUGACUCAUAGCAAUUUGCCGCGGCGUGUUCUUAAACUGCAAGCAGAUUUUUUUGUCUCAGGAUGUACAUUUCUUUGCAAACACUGGUGAGCCUGAGUUUGAGAAGAAUUAAACAAUGUUGAAAAGACAGAGAGGCCAAAGCAAAGACAAAUUGAGAAGAACAAAGUUAAUCCUCCGUCACAGAGGAAGGGAGCGUUUCAAUGCUCCCUCAGGGACGGUGCUAAACACUACACUCGGCUGUUGGAUGGCCUUCAAUUAAGUUAGAACCUUUCGGAACCAGGCAGGACGGGGGUCCAUCCAGCACAGACACUCAAACACAUAGCUUCUUUCUUUUCUUUUCUUUUCUUUUCCUGCUUGUUGUUUUGCCGCAAGAACCAAACAGUGUCUGAUUAGACCCUCAGAAAAAUCCUGUUUUGACAUCCUCUAAAUAACACUACUUACUGCCUCUCGCUAGAUGGGAGGUCAGUGAGGACAAAAAGUCUGCAAGCGCAGAAUUCUGUACUGGUCCAUGUGUAUCCAAUAACAUGACCUGUGGUUGGUUAGAGUGCACCACCGCACCGGUACUACGUCAUCUUAUUGGCCCGGCUAUGAUUAUUGGCACAUGUUAAAGUAAAUCAUUCUGUCAGCAGAUGCACUGGUCCAGUGAACCAACCCCGAGGAAAUUGAAUGGUCAUUGGUCACCUAAUAGGAAAUGGACUGACUGACGGAUUUGUUUCUAUUGGCUAGGUGAAGAGCCAAGGCGUCACCGAGGAGCUCCGCUGUCUGGGGCUGCUCAACGCGCUGGACAAGGACCAGGACAUCCCCGAGAACCUGGCCCAGCUCUUUGGGGAGCCGUGUAUUAAGCUGGCCGAGGGCAUCAAGGCUUACAUCUCCAAGGUCACAGAGAACCUCAUCUCCCAGCGCAGUUUUCAAGAGCCCAGAGUGAUGCCGCGCUCAUACAACACGUCUGCUGUGAAGAUGCUGACCACAGUGCCACAGAGACCCUCGGCCCACCUCACUCUCAGAGACAGUGGCCUAUCAGGCUCGUACCCCAACCCCCAGCCAGACCUGCACCAGUCGUGCCGCCACCCGGUGCGCACCUGGGGCAACGGCAGCUUCGGCGCGCACCUGCGCAACAUGACCCUGUCCAACGGGCGCCUGCGCGUGCCCAUGGACGGCCGCUACUACCUGUACGCCCAGGUGUACUUCCGCUACCCGUCGCCCAGCUCCGAGGCGGACCAGUCCAGCGCCAGCCACCAGCUGGUCCAGUGCAUCUACAAGAAGACCAACUACCUGCGGCCCAUCCAGCUGCUGAAGGGCGUGGGGACCAAGUGCUGGGCGCCCGACGCCGAGUACGCGCUGCACUCCGUCUACCAGGGCGGCCUGUUCGAGCUGAGGGCCGGAGACGAGGUGUUCGUGUCGGUGUCGUCGCCCACCAUGGUGCACGCCGAGGACUCGGCCAGCUACUUCGGCGUCUUCCGGCUGGACCUGUGAUAGGGAGAGAGGGAUGGAGGGAAGGAGAGAAAGAGGAAGCAAAAGAGUAAUCGCGAAAAGCGAGAAAGCGGGGGAGUGCCGCACAAAGACUACAUUACCCAUAAGGCACGUGUGCUGUGUGCAGUGUAGAGGAGUGGGCAGGCAUGAAGUUGGCUUUUGCUGAGACUGAGACAAGUGGUUGUGGUGGUUGACGGAAGGAAGGAAUUUGUACCUGUUUUUAAUCACCAAUUUUUUACAGUAGAAUCCGAGACUCGAUCUCACAUCCAAAUGAAAGACAGAAGAAUGAAUGUAUUUUUCUAAGCCAAAUCAGUGGAUUUUGCAAUGCGGAAACAAAAUGGAUGACCAAA